AUCGUUUAUUUCACAAAUAUACUUUCAAAUAUUCAAUUGUCUUUUAUUUGGCGCCAAAUUGUCCCUCUUACAACCUUGCAUCGCGCCAAUGUUAGUUUGGUUCCCACUCAUGUCUUUUCAUCAGUACCAAUCAGUAUCAGUCAGUUCUCAGUUCUUCUUGUGAGCGUGGUGUGGGCAGACUGCUUGCCAGGAACCUGGACACCCCUUAAUUUUUUCAUAAGUGAAUAUUUAUUUUAGAUUAGUGAUGAUGAGUUACGAUUGUAACGAGUACGGGGAUAUGAUCCUCGUGUAUGGUAUGUGCGGGUGUAACGCACAUGAAGCCGCUCGAAGUUACGCCGAGCGCUUUCCGAAACGCGCGCGAUUUCCUUCGGCUGCUGUGAUACUGGGCGCUGUAAGACGUAUACAGGCCACCGGCAGCGCAAUGCCAAAUCAUCGGGAGACCGGUGCACCUCGUCAAAGCCGUACACUCAGGAAGGAAGAGCGUAUAAUAGAUGUGUUUCGCAAAAAUCCAACAGCGAGUGUGAGGUCGGUGGCACGUUCGCUUGGAUUACCACGAAGUACAGUACAUAAGAUUAUCGGGUGUGAGAAGUGGCACGUGUAUCACUAUACGCGUGUCGAAGAACUGAAGUCAUCUGAUUACGUUGUUAGACGUGAAUUUUGCGAGUGGCUCCUCCAGAGACACGAGGAAGAUCCAAAUUUCAUCGGGAACAUUAUGUUUACCGAUGAGUUGUCUUUCGGACUCUCUGGGUGCUGGAAUACUCGCAACUGCCAGAUAUGGACUACCGACAAUUCACAAGCUUCCGUCGCGGUGCACCAACAUGAGCGACGAUUUAGUGUGAAUCUUUGGGCGGGUAUCAUCAACGACCGAUUGAUUGGACCAUUCGAGUUUGAGGGAAAGUUUACAACGGAGAAGUAUAGAAAAUUUCUCCAGCGAAACCUCCUUCCUCUUCUCCGAGUUUGCGGCCUGUCCGAAGAGAAUCGAAGGAGAAUCUGGCUGCAACACAAUGCAACACGAAACGUUCGCGAGGAACUUAACGGCAUGUUCCCCGAGCGUUGGAUCGGACAAGGAGGUCCCCAUCACUGGCCUCCACGUUCCUCAGAUUUGACGCCGAUGAAUUUCUUCCUGUGGGAACACAUGAAAUCAGUCAUCUACAGGACACCUGUUGAGACGCUGCAAGAGCUUCACUUGCGUAUUGACAGUGCCCUGCGUUCGAUCACCCCGGAAAUGCUGAAAAACUGUCAAAGCAGCCUCCUGCAGCGUGCGAGAUGCUGUAUUCAGGCAAAUGGCGGUCACUUUGAACAUCUCCUUCAUUAAGGAGCAGAAUUUAAUGCUGCCUCUCUGCGAACUGUGUUACUGUACAAGAUAACUCGCUGGUCAGAUUGUAUAACAACUUUAACACAUAAAGUAUGUUUUACAUCUUAAUAAAUCUUUAUAUACUAAUUAAUAAUUAUUUUAAUUUCAUGUAUUCGAUGUCCUUGAUGGAAGUAUUUUUUAGACAGCUUCGAAAAAAUGAGAGGAAUCGAUACAAAGAAUUCAGCUAUUAAGGCCAACAAGGAACAGCAACCCUCAUUGACAGGAUGUUCCCAUCAUCAUUUUACAUUGAAAGACUGCAAAUAGUGAAGGUGCGUAGAACGAGAAUAAAAGAAAAUCAUUUCAGAAAAUAUAACCAUGGAAGAAGAAACCUGGACGGCCAUGUAGAAUUUCCAGUAUCUACGUUGAUUGGCCAAGAUUAUUACAGUGAAUGAGUGAUAGUAAAUAAAUUAUAAAUUCAUAUAUAAUUUAUGUAUAUGUAUAUAAUCCACAUAUAAUUUACAUACAAUCUCUAUAUAUAAUUUUUUCCCGAUCACUUUUUUACGGUCAUAGUUUUCUUCAAUCCAAUCUGUGAAGAUAUUAGAAGUUCUAGAUGUAAAUUAUUGUAAUUAAUAACGUAUUCUUUAAGAAAAUUAUAAUUGUAUUAUUUACCGAUUUUAUACAUCUGUACAUUGCUGUCACGUGCGAGCACAUUGUAAAAAACAAAAUUGUAUGUAUGUAAACUGUAAUAUUCGAUUUUUUAAAAUAAAUGCUUAAACCAAA